AUGCCAUCAACCCUCGCUGACUUGGUCAUACCAUCUGAGUAUAAGAUGACAGCUGAUGGUGAAGAUUUCCUGUUGUAUGAUAGGGGACCGAGUGAUCAGCGUAUGCUUGUGUUUUCCACAGUUCAAAGCCUCAGGCUACUGGAGAAUUCAAGUGAUUGGUUUGCUGAUGGAGCAUUUAAAGUUGUACCUGAGCUGUUUUACCAACUGUACACUAUUCAUUCUCUGGCUUUAAAAACAGUUAUUCCUUGUGUUUAUGCUCUGCUACCAAACAAACACCGAGCAACAUAUCAAGACCUUUUCCAUCAACUCCUCACCAUCAACCCUAUGCUCAAUCCAAAGACCUUUCUCAUCGACUAUGAACAAGCUACCAGGAGUGCCAUUGAAGAGGUCUUCCCCAACGCAACAGUCAAGGGAUGUUUCUACCACUUAUCGCAAAACAUAUAUCGCAAGGUGAAUCUGAGGGAUUACAAGGAAAAUAUCAAAUUGAAAAUUCAAAUGCUACCAGUUCUGGCAUUCAUCCCACAAGGUGAAGUGGUUUACUUAGUUGAGACUAUGCCACCUGAAGCUGAUCCUGUCAUGUACUUCGAAGAUACAUACAUUGGAAGGCAACGUCGACAUAACAGGCGAGCUCCACGUUUCCCUGUCAGCACGUGGAAUAUUUAUGAUCGUGUAGCCAAAGGAUGCCAUAACCAAAUGCAAGCUAACAUUACUUCAUUCCAUCCAAAUAUCUGGAAAUUUCUUGAAGUGUUGAAGAGGGAGCAGACACUGACCAACAUCACCAUCAACCAGACGAUUGCAGGAGAUCCAGCACCACCUAAGAGGAAACGUUAUCAAGAUUCAACAGCCAUAAUAGCAACUGUCGAACAUGACUUAGAGAACCGCCAUGUGUUGAACUUUGUGAGAGGGAUAGCCCCACAACUUGCAAUUUUAGUGUGUGUGUGA